AAGUGUUGGUGAACUUGGCUGUCGAGGAAGAGUUGUGUUAGUUUUCGUUUUGUUUUUUGUUUUUUAAAAGUGGAAAUCCUCACACAGUCCUUGAUUUUGGUCAUUUUUCUUCUAUUCUGAAGUGGAUCUAUUGAAGUCAACUCAUAAGGAUUUGAAGAACAGGGAAUACUCACACUUUGAAGUCUGAUGAAUGAUGCUGGUGGGGUUGGGUCCAUGCCCACAGCAGCCCCGCCCUCUGCUACAAGCAUGAGAAAAAGCUGGCAUGAGGAAAUCACAUGGGACCUUCGAAAUCACUUAGUCCACAAGCUAGUCCAGGCCAUCUUUCCAACGCCGGACCCUGCAGCUCUCAGGGACCGGCGAAUGGAAAACCUUGUUGCCUAUGCUCGAAAAAUUGAGGGAGACAUGUAUGAGUCAGCCAACAGCAGAGAUGAGUACUAUCACUUGCUCGCGGAAACGAUCUACAAGAUCCAGAAGGAACUGGAAGAAAAGAGGAGGACCCGACUUCCGAAGCAAGGCCUAGGCCCUGGGCCUGCUGGCAUCGGUCAGCCCCCCACUGGACUGCCUCCUCAUGGUGGAGCUGCGGGGAUGGUUUCUGGUGCUCAGGCGGGUCUGGUGGGGCCCGGUACCCAGGUCUCUGCUGCUUCCGCUGCAGCCGGAGCGCCACCGACAGCCGACCCCGAGAAGCGCAAACUAAUCCAGCAGCAACUGGUGCUGCUGCUUCAUGCGCACAAGUGCCAGCGGCGGGAGCAGGCUAACGGUGAAGCGCGGCAGUGCAAUCUGCCCCACUGUCGUACCAUGAAGAAUGUCCUCAACCACAUGACUCAUUGCCAGGCUGGCAAGUCCUGCCAGGUUGCACACUGUGCAUCAUCGAGGCAGAUCAUCUCCCACUGGAAGAACUGCACUCGACACGACUGUCCUGUCUGCCUGCCACUGAAGAAUGCUGGGGACAAGAGGAACCCGCAGUGUGAGUAUGGUCCUGUCCCUGGUCCAUCGACGGUGCGACAAACGGGACCACAAGACAGUCUGCUGCAGGAUACAAUGAUGCAUCCGGAUGUGAACAGUCAAGGGUUGAUCCAUGUUGCCGAGGUUGUUCAUGGGAAACUGGCAGUCUCCAAAACGGUGGUGAUCCACUUCUCGGAAGCAGAGGCGACUGUUGAGGGCAUCGCCACAAAAGUGAGGGAGGCUUUGGGGAGCGAGGAGGGUUUUACUCUGACUGACUCUCAGGGUCAUGAAAUUCUGGAUUCUGAGGACACAAGAAGCUCUCAGUACUGGAAGCAGAACUCUGGUAACAUCUUUGCUUUGCCUGAAAGUGAAUUUCGGGACUUCCAGAAUGGGCGUCGGGCCAAAAGGAGUCGAAGUGCCAAAGACAGUGAUCUGCAUGACGUGGUCCAACAAAUAGACGGACUGAAGGAAGCUUUCACCUGCUUGGUCUGUAUAGACGUGAUGGUGGAGCCCACAUUCAGCAAGUGCUGCUGCUCACUGCUGGGGUGUGGAGCCUGUGUGAGGGAGUGGCUGCAAACUUCAGACCACUGCCUGAAGUGCAGAAGUCCCAACUUCAAAAGAAACAUCCACUCUGUAAAGGGUCUGGAUGCUGCCUUGGCUUUCAUGAAAUGAAUUGAUUGAAUGACUUUUACCGUUAUUUUUAUGCACUCUGUUUAUCCUGAGGUGACCGCUGACUGUUAAAUAUCAGAAAUUAAUAACUUCAAUCCUUUUUGAAAUAUAAUGGAAUAAAUACAUUGUUACCUUAAAUCCCAGAUGUUGAAUAAAUAUGUUCCUGCUCAUUUUGAGAAAGUGUUGAAGAGAAUCCAGAAAGGCCGUUUUUAUUGGUGAUGCAUCUUCUUGUCUUUUUGCAUUACUUUGUGUCCUGCUUGGAAACUGCUUCUCUUUCCUCAUGUUUGUUAAUAAAAGAAUUGGGACGUCU